AUGGAAUUCAAGGUCACCGUAACUACAAGGGCUGCAACAAUGGAGAAGUGGAUCUACCGCGUAUCCGAAGAUUUCCUUUGCGACGCCAGCGCAAAGAUCGUUGGUCUUGAUUGCGAGUUCACUGACAAAGUGAAAGGAAUCAAGCAGAAACUUCUUCCAGAGGAUAAACGGCAACGUGCAGCAGUUUUGCAGCUAUGUGUUGCCAAUGACAUCAUUCUUUUUUCAGAUAUUUCAGGCAACAAAGGUUCCAUGUUUGUUAAAGAAAUUCUUGAGCUCGGAGAAGAUCUGAAGAUGAUCAAUAUUCAUAAAUUAGAUCCUGGUGUUAAGAAUAAAAGAAUACCAUCACUCUAUGACCUGUCAAAUGCUGUGUUGGGGACAAAUUUGGAAAAGAAAGUGCUCGUGCUGUGA